AUUUUUCUGAACCAAAUACAAACACACUAGAAAAUGCCUGCGGGGACUGAGAUUCUAUUGAAAAUAAAAAAGUCCGUCUACUUUUGGUAAUUAUUGAGAUUUGUUAAUAUUUUUAUUUUAUCUCCACCAAACCAAAUCCCCAACCUCGAAACUCACCGACUAAUCAUUUUAAGAAACUAUUUAUGAUUAUUGUCUCCAAACAGAAAACUUUCUCCCUCAAAAUUAGUUACGAAAACACAAACGUUUUACACUCAGCUGAAUAAUCUCUCUCUCGCGCGCUUAUUUAUAUCUCCGUCCACCGUCUCUCCGCCUAGAGGAUCGGCACAGUUUGGAUAUAUUUUGGAUAGUCCGUCUGAAGAUCCGAACCCGAUAACAAUCCGAUUUUCCCCAACCAGCGCAGCCCGAAUCAGUUUCACUUCGGGACGCUAUUCGUUUGUUGAUGCUCAUCAAAUUCUAGCUGCUGCUGUGAAUCUGCGUACACAGUCAUCAGUUUGGAUGGGCAGACUGUAUGGUGGUCAGAUGUCAAUAUUCUGUCUGUCCUAUGAAGAGGAAGAGAAAAAAAUGGUUGCAUUUGGAAAAAAGUUGAAGGAACGGCAAAUCCAAGAAUGGCAAGGAUACUACAUCAACUACAAACUCAUGAAGAAAAAAGUGAAGCAAUAUGCUAAUCAGAUCGAGGCUGGAGCCCUGGAGCACCGACAUGUUCUCAAGGAUUUCUCUAGAAUGCUGGAUAAUCAGAUUGAAAAAAUCGUGCUGUUUAUGCUGGAACAACAAGGGUUGUUGGCUAGCAGGAUAUCCAAGCUUAACGAGCAACAAGAUUAUCUCCAGGAACAACCUGAUAUAUCCAAAAUAUGUGAGUUGCGUGAAGCCUACAGAGCUGUUGGCCAAGAUCUUCUGAAGCUUCUAUUUUUUGUUGAAAUGAACGCUAUUGGUCUGCGCAAGAUCCUCAAGAAGUUUGAUAAGCGUUUUCAGUACAAGUUCACAGAUUACUAUGUGAAAACCCGUGCUAAUCAUCCUUACUCCCAACUCCAGCAAGUUUUCAAGCAUGUGGGGCUUGGAGCAGUUGUUGGAGCUAUAUCACGUAACCUUGCAGAUCUUCAAGACCGUCAAGGAAGCUACUUAUCAAUAUAUGACCAACCCGCUCUGCCUCUCCAAGAUCCCGUUGUGGACUCGAUAAAGUCAGCCGUGGACAGAUUGACUUACUCGACGAACUUCCUCAACUUUUUGGGGCAACAUGCGCUCAUCAUGCAAGAGGAGUUGCCCUCGCCGGCAGAGGAGACUGUAGACGACCAGAAAUACCAUUUCAUAUCACUUCUUCUGAACCUGGCAAACACAUUCCUUUACAUGGUCAACACGUACAUUAUUGUCCCCACUGCUGAUGACUACUCGAUGAGUCUUAGGGCGCCUGCAACGGUCUGUGGGGUCGUGAUUGGGGCAAUGGCUGUUGCACAGAUAUUUUCUUCCGUGUAUUUCAGUGCUUGGUCCAACAAGUCAUACUUCAGGCCUCUCGUGUUUAGCAGCAUUGUUCUUUGCUUAGGGAAUCUUUUGUAUGCAGCGGCUUAUGAUCUGAAUUCGAUAUGGGUGCUUCUGAUUGGAAGACUGUUUUGUGGGCUGGGUUCUGCCAGAGCAGUUAACAGACGUUAUAUUAGUGAUUGUGUGCCACUUAAAACCCGGAUGCAGGCUUCAGCGGGGUUUGUGAGUGCUAGUGCUCUAGGAAUGGCAUGUGGGCCUGCACUGGCUGGGUUACUUCAGACCAAGUUCGAAAUUUACGGCAUCACAUUCGAUCAAAACACUUUGCCUGGUUGGGUGAUGGCUAUCGGGUGGUUUGUAUAUCUUAUAUGGUUGUGGAUUUCAUUCAGAGAACCUGUUUUUGAGACUGAAAUCGAUCAUGUCCCAGAGGAGUCUACUGCUGGACAUGAUAAUCUUGAGAAGGGGCUCACAGCACCUUUGCUUUUAACAGAGACGGAACAUGGUCAAGAUGAUGAUGAUGAUCAAGAAUAUGAUGAGAGUGAAGAGGCUCCUGAGGAAUCUCGACGACCAGCUAACUCUCUAAGAUCAGCCUACAGGUUACUUACACCUUCCGUAAAGGUUCAGUUGCUGAUUUACUUUAUGCUUAAAUAUGCAAUGGAGGUCCUACUGUCAGAAUCAAGUGUUGUCACAACUUACUACUUUGGUUGGACUACAAGCACUGUAUCAAUUUUUCUUGCCUGCCUAGGUCUCACAGUUCUUCCAGUUAAUGUUGUCGUUGGAAGUUACAUAAGCAAUAUGUACGAAGACAGGCAAAUAUUAUUAGCAUCUGAAAUUGUGGUCUUCCUGGGUAUACUUUUCAGCUUCCACUUUAUUGUACCAUACUCUGUGCCACAAUACGUGUGCUCAGGCCUCAUCAUGUUUGUAUCUGCUGAAGUAUUGGAAGGGGUAAACUUGUCACUCCUUUCGAGGGUGAUGUCAUCCAGGCUGUCUCGUGGGACCUACAAUGGCGGCCUUCUAUCAACAGAAGCCGGUACACUAGCUCGGGUUAUAGCUGAUGGUACCAUCACUCUUGCCGGGUUUUUGGGGGAGAGUAGGCUCUUGAAUGCCACCCUUCUCCCAUCUCUCGUCAUUUGCAUUGCCUCCAUUUUCGCUACAUGCUGUACGUACAAUUCCUUGUACUAAGACCACCAUUUUACUGUUCGGCUAAAUGUCACAUAGUUGAAAAGCUCUUCUAUGUACACACAACCCAUUCUUUAUUGUCUCCCCUUGGCUUUGAAUUGUCAUAGAGUUGGCCCUUGUAUCCAAACUAUUGUCUUUAUUCUUUUUGUUUCUUUGGAAAUUACUCUCCUUUGUGAUGAAUGUGAAUUUUGUUAAGUUAGCCUUCCUCUGUUUGUGGAUAUCAUGGAUGGGUACCAAAUCGGGCCGGCCCGAAAGUACCUUUCUAGUUUCUACAAUAAAACAAGGAUUUUUUUUUUUAAAG